GAGCAAGGCACUACCGCAACACUGGCAGUGACCGCUCUAGCGCCAGGCCAGGCCUGGGGACGUUGGCCUGAACAGCAGACACAGCAUUCUCUCGACACAUAUUAUACGAUGGACAAUUCUGGACUAAUUCAGACAUAUAAUCCUCGAACAACUUCUUCUACUGUGCUCACGCGUUCCAAUGUGGCAUCUCAAUACGUUCCCGCCUUCUCUUAUAGCGGAGCAACUGCCAGUCAAAUGGCGACUUGCAACCAGCACCCCCAGCAACACAAUCCAUUCAUAUUUGGUACUUUUACGGGAGGGCAUUCAACGGGAUCAGUUCCACCAUUUGGUGUAAACUACAUACGCCAACGGCCCCAUCUAGCCCAGCCCCCUACCAACGAUGGUCAAGGAAAUCUCUAUACCCGCAACCCCCGUCAAGGCUAUGUUGAGGAGCGCCACGGUCAAAGCCCACAGAGCUAUGUUGAGGAGCAUCAUAGCCAAAGUCCACAGAUUAAGACGGAGCCUCAGUGGAACGUGCCAGUCCCAGCCAAGCCAUCCGACACUGCAGCAUUUGUUUCCACCAUCACCAAGACCAUUACUCCAACGAGUCCCAUUGAUAGUGCAGAUGAAGUCGUUUUCGGUACUGAAGUCGACACGCUAAUGAAAGCCAUUCAAGCUAAAUCUCAGGCGACAAUGCCACAGACUCCUUCUCUCGAACAGACAAGACCUGUGGUAGGUGCUUCUAUGACCCCUCCCCUCGUGCGAGGUCCCCAGCCAAGUGGAGGACACUCCCAUUCACGAGAGACAAGUAAGAUCAACAAGCUCAUGCAUGGGGAACCCCAGGAAGAAGAAUCGAUCAUGAAUCACCCACAGGGUAGUAAGAAACGCUAUCACUGUACCAUUGAUAAUUGUGGCAAAAGCUUCCCCCAGAAAACGCAUCUCGAUAUCCAUGAGCGAAAACACACUGGCGAGAGGCCAUAUGCGUGCAAAAGGCCAAAUUGUGGACAAUUCUUCUCGCAAGUUGGAAAUUUGAAGACCCAUGAGAGAAGACACACCGGCGAAAGACCAUACCCAUGCCCCGUUUGUGGAAAACGAUUCCCUCAAAGAAGCAACGUCCGAACUCAUAUACUCGUCCAUAAUCAAAAGAGACCUUUCCUCUGCCGACUGGACGAGUGUGGCAAGCAGUUCACCCAGCUUGGAAACCUCAAGACACACCAGAAUAGAUUCCACAUCGCCACCAUCCGGGCUCUGACCAACAAGUUUGCAUCAAUCAAAGAUGGCGACAUCGUCCAUUCAGCGGACAAGGAGCUCUGGGAGUACUUUGCCAAUCUGUACAAGAACAGCAACAAGGGCAUCAAGGGCCGCGGCAAGAACCGCAAGGUCGGCACGAUCUCCCACUCCAACAGCAAGGUCACGAAGCUGAACUCUGGGAUGCGGAACUUGGGUGUCGAUGCCAGCAGCUACACCGGUGCCGGACGCGGUAACAUUACCAUGAGUGUGCCGAAUGAUAGCAUGACCAGUUCGGGCAGGGGACAUAUGCAUGGCAGUCCGUACGAAAUGUUCGAUACCGAUGAUGGGAGCCAGUCGAGCCACAGUGGCAGCGGCAGUGGUGGCAGUUCUGUGGGAACCUGCUACGAAGAUGCCCACCCCGACGGUUUCCAAGACCAUAGUCGAAGCCACCAGCUCGUUUUCGGCGACAGGCUCUACUGA